GAUUGAGCAAAUUGCCCAGCUUUUCUUCCAUGGUGCGGUUCAGCAAACUGCAGCUGGACCGAUUCAGCACGCUCGUCGCUUCCGAGUUCAUCGAUGAUACGGAAAUCGAUAUCAGGGAGAGAUCGGUGGAAAAGCUCUCGUGCGAUGGCGAGCGCAGGAUACGGUUGGUGACCGCUAGUGCCGGUGUUGUGGAGCUCUUUGGCGACGUCAUUGUGUGUGCGUUCUGUGAAACGAACCGAUUAUUGUACUCGACAGGAUCAUUGACUUCAUUGUCUGGUCCUCCACUAAGGUUCUACGAACAGGCUCACCAAGCAUCGCGCAAAUCAUUUGUCGGAACAGCUGAGGGCGAACAAAAGGGCGGCAAUCUGGCGGAAAACCGCGAAAAAGAAACACUCGGUCCGUUUGUUCCGAUUUGAAGAUGAAUAUUCCGAGCUACACACCGAAUUACUACAGCCUGGCUGAUAUUACGGUGACGCAGGAACGUGUACCGUGCCGCACGCUGCAGGAUUUAUACAUGAUGGGUUUUCUGGAUUCCUCGGAAAAGUCGCCAAAUUUAGCAACCAACCACAAGAUGGAACUGCCCCUAUGGGUAGUGCUGCAGCAGGACGAUAGGAAUCCACACUUUGAAGCGCAAAUACCGGACAUUUACAGUGCGGCCUACAAGGAGAUCUACAAAGCGGACGCCAGUUACGUCGAGCUGGGUGCGUUGAACAAAUUCUACUACGAGCUCGGCAUGUACCUUACGCGCUACGAUGCAUCCAAUAACGUUUCGGAAAUGCUGCUCACCACGGCCCGGGAGCGGUUAAAGAGUCUCAAGGAUUCGUGCCAAAACGAUGGUAACGAUAGCUUGAACAUUAACAGCAAGUUCGAGUUCCUCGAGCGGUUACUAUUCGGCGAGGGAUGCAAAACGAACAAACUGUUCGACGAUUGGCUGUAUGAGAAGCAGGUGUACAUCAAAUCGACCGAGAUAGCGGUUAACAUUCGAAAACGGAAGCGCAGUCCGGACGGCGAACCGGAAGAUGAGCAAUAAAAAGGAUUGGGAGAUGUGUC